UACCUGAGCUGAGUCAAAGCGCAUAACAGACGUGUAUACUGCGUCCUCAAGGACGUACCUACGUCAGCUUGGCCGUGUAUGCAAUAGAAUAUGCAUUCUAUCCGGCAUUAUGGUUCCUUCAUGCGCCCCAAAAAAGGGUAUAUUCGGUGGCCAGUGGCAAUCUCCACACCGCAGGAUGCACUCUGGGCCGCGAAACCGGAUUGGCCUUGCUACUUCGGGCAUGUGACCCUCGGGAUACAAUGUGGCAGCUGGCCGGAAUGGGAGAUCCAAGACGGGAUGAUUGGAGAUGUCACUUGGACAGUGAUGUGACACGCCCGGUCUAUACUAAGACCACCGACCCAGAGGGAUGGCACCUGACGGUGACCAAAGACUUGGGGCGCCUGAGGUGGACCUAUGUUGAGGACAAGGAAGAGCGCAAGAGCCGGCCUCAAGAUGCGACGACAAAAUUCUUCCUCGAUCUACCAUCGGACAUUCCCGACUCGGGCCCCCCCAAGACAGCCUCCGAUGUCAUCUACAAGGGAACCCGAUUCCAAGCGAACACUCAGGUGCGUGACCUGGGCUGCUGGGCCGCCGACCUCAGCUGUAUCUUCUUCGUGACCCCGAUGAUGGUCAUCGCCUGGUAUAUCACCGGCGCCGAAAUCGACGAAGCCUACAUCAUCGAAUUGGUCCGCUACAUGUUCGGAUGCCAAAGCGCCGACGGCGGCUGGCCGACGUAUCUCGGGGAGGACGCCUCGUUAAUGGGCACUACAUUAGUCUACAUUGCUCUGCGACUCAUGGGAGUCCCUGCCGAGCAUGAGAAUCUUCGCAAGGCUCGAUCAUACUAUCUCCGUGCCGGAGGAGCGAUCUAUAUGCCGGCGUGGGCCAAAUUCUGGCUUGCGCUCCUGGGACUAUACGACUGGGAUGGAACGGACCCUUACCCCGUGGAGAUGUGGCUCCUACCGCACUGGUUCCCCGUCAGCCCAUGGCGGUGGUUCGUGAUUCCACGACAGGUCUAUCUAGCAAUGUGCUAUCUCUCGUCCCGACGAUUCACAGUUCCCACCAAUGAUCUCCUGGAUGAAAUCCGAGCGGAGCUGUUCCCUGAAAAGUUCUCCUCCGUGGAUUUCGCCAAAUACGAAGGAGUCGUGCGCCCGUCCAAGCGCCACCAGGGAAAGAGCUGGGUCAUGAAGACCCUGAACUGGAGCCUUACCAACAUCUGGACCCCGUGGAUCUGCCCCACGAAGCUGAAGAAAGACGGGGAGAAACGAGCCUGGGAGCUUCUCCAGGAAUCAGAAAAGGCCAGUACUUCGACUGGGAUUGUCAGUCUGGAUGCUUGGUUGAAUAUGAUUGCCUUCCACUGCGCUGAGGGGCCCGGCUCCCCGGCUGUCAAGCGUAUGCAGGAAGCCAGUCUGGAGUAUCUGUGGCUGGGUUCGAAGGGGAUGCAGUCUCAGAGUAUUCACGGGGGCCAUGCGUGGGAUACGUCAUUUGCGCUGCAGACGCUCGUGUAUACGGGUAUGGCUAAUACCCCCGAGUUCCGGGAUAACGCCGCGCAGGCCUAUAAUUUCCUGGUGGACCAACAGCUGGUGGAAGAGUGGAAUGAUUGCUCCGUUUGUCAUCGUCCAAGUAGACUCGGUGCCUGGUCCUUCACCACCCGUUACCACGGCCACCCCUGUUCUGAUUGCACGGCCGAAUCAAUGAAGGCAAUCCUCCUGGUCGAAAGGGAGACGAGUAUUCGACGGAUCAGUGAGGUGAACCUUCUUCUGGGAGUCGACAAUCUCCUCCUGAUUCAGAACGCGAGUGGCGGCUACAGCAGCUUCGAGCCCAUCCGCGCUGGCAGCUGGUUGGAGCUCCUCAACGGAACUGAGAUGUUCGGCCGGGUGAUGACAGAGCACGACUACGUGGAGUGUACCUCGUCGUGCAUCACGGCGUUGGCGCUGUUCAGGGAACGAAACAACAAAUAUCGCGCCCAUGAUGUAAACACCGCUAUCGAGCGGGGGGUAAAAUUCAUCGAGCAAAGUCAGCGGACUGAUGGUAGUUGGAUGGCGUCGUGGGGGGUUACGUUCACCUAUGGGGCUUUCUUCGCCAUGGAGGCCUUGCACUGUGGUGGACGGACGUAUGAGAACUCUGCUGUGGUUAGAGCGGGUUGUCGCUGGCUUCUUGACAUGCAGGAGGCGGAUGGGGGGUGGGGGGAGACAAUAGAAUCCCAGCUGGUCGGUGCAUAUGUACGAGCGCCGAGGUCACACACAGUCCAGACAGCUUGGUGUUGCCUCGCGUUGAUGUACGCCGGCUAUCCGGAUCCGGAGCCGAUCAAGCGAGGACUCCAUCUCAUCGUGAGUCGACAGAAACCCAACGGUGAAUGGGAACAGGAGUAUGCCGUCGGCGGUGGAAUUCUUACAUGUCACAUUCAAUAUUGCUACUACAUUUACUCCUUUCCGAUCCGGGCACUUGCGAUGUACGAACAGAUACAUGGGGUGGGCAGCUUGUCGUUGUAGAGAGAGAACGAGGGGUAAGGUUAAGGAUGUCUUGUGGAUCUCGCCUGUUGAAAUCAAAAUCAAGAUUCGUUUGAAGUUAUGCCGGCAAAGCCAGCCGUGAUGUAUGCGCGGGAUGCGAGCGAUGAAGGAAUCUCAGGGGGUGUCUAGGGCUAUACUUUGU